UUUUUAGCUAUUGACAAUAAAAAGUCGGCCAGAAUAUCCUCGAGCAAACUUCCUUACAUAAACGAAAGGAGGUCAGCCUAAGCAGCGGAGCAUACAGAGAUCCUCAAUUCGAUCGACAUAUGAGCUGCAGCUCACCUCGUAUGAGUCGUACAAAAGAAAACUAUGGUGUUCGGAGAAGUAAACAACCCCGCACGACGCUUCGCAAAAGAAGUGGUAGUUUGAACAUUCAACCUGCUUACUCAUGGAAAUCCAUAAGAACAUAUCGAAAACUACACUAUGAAAUUUCCGAAUGGAGAGUAUUAAUGUUACCUCUAAUCCUUUACUUCCGCGAGUGUCCACAGCAAAAUCACACACGCACCGCGAUUGUCCCAGCCGCGAGUGUCCACAAAAAAUACAAUAGAUGUUCGUUAUGUCCCUUGUAAACAGAUCCUGACUCUUCUCUGAAAAUUUUGUUGUAUUGUGUUUUCAUGUGCCCCAGUAGUAAAAAUCGAGAGGAUUUAAAUCUGGUGACCAAGCAGACCAAAACACAGGUUUUCUUCAACCGAUCUACUAUCCUGUUUCCAAAACAACUGGUCAAGUGUUCUUGCAGUAUACGCACUACGCGCACUGCAUAUACAAUACACUCAAAACUUUCGCAUAUAUACUUUUGCUACGUUGCGGCGGACGGGAAUAAUGCAAAAGUGCGACGUUUAUACGUCGAAAAAUAUCCCAACAGGACUAUAUUCAGCGCACAGACAUUUUACAAUAUAGCUCAACGAAUAUGGGAUACCGGCACAUUAAAACUUGUCCUAUCUGGCAUACGAAUUCAGUACGACGACGCGGAUCUGGGAGAUAGAGCACUGCACCGUAUUCAACAAAAUCCCAAUUUAAGUAUGAGAACUAUUACUGCUGAAAAAGGUGUCAGCAACAGCACCGUAUGGCCAGUAUUGAAGGAGGAAAAUCUACACCCGUAUAGCAUCCAGAAAGUUCAACAGAGCUAAGAAUGGAUGAGUAGGAAAGUCCAACGCGAUUCUAAUUUUCCCGCCAGAAUAUUAUUUACUGACGAGGCAACGUUUAACAAAUGCGCAAUUACAAAUAUGCGUAAUGGACAUUUCUGAUCAUAGGACAAUCGCGGUGCGUGUGUGAUUUUGCUGUGGACACUUGCAGAGGCAAAGGAUUAGAGGAAACAUUAAUCCCCUCUACUCGGAAAUUUCAUAAGGUGACCUUUGAUAUGCUCUUAUGGAUUUCCACGAGUAAGCAGGUUUAAUGAUUAAUCUACUAUUUCUUUUGUGAAACGUUGCGCUGGGUUGUUUACAUCUCCGAACACCACGGUUAACUUAUAGGAGGUAAACUGUCGCUCAUAUGUCGACUGAAUUGAGGAUCACUGUGUGCCCCGCUGCUUAGGUCGAUCUCCUUUCGUUCAUGUAAGAAAGUUUGCAGGGAUAUUUUGUCCAAUUUUUGAUUCUCAAUAACUAAAAAUUGAAACCAAAAACGCAAUUUUUGUAUUCUUGCUUUUCGUCUCAUUUCAGCGUUAAGAAUCACUCCUUAAAUUAUAUAGAAACGGUAGCCGAACAUUUUGUAUAUUUAUACCUUUUAAAUUAAUAUAGAAAGGAUCUGUAACUAGAAUUCUGGUUUUAGGAAGAUAAACUUUAUACAUAUGUGUAUAUUCGAAGAAAUUAACAAAAAAAGACAAUCUUUUCCUAAGAAAAUUCACGAUACUUAUAGUUCUAUUACCUAUUGCCUUUCGUAAUUCUAUUACCUACAUUAAUCUUCAAUAUUUUCAUUCUAAAUACUUGUAAUAGAGUUAAUAAUAUUUUUAUAGAAACUAAAGAUACUUACUAAUGAUUUUUUGAAUAAUGAUACCCAGAAUCUCUCACAACGCGU